UUUUGGACGUGUUGCUGCCAUGUCUGUCGCAAAACGAGUAAGUGAAGAAUUUGGUUGUCGUCUUGGACAAGAAGUUGGAUAUACCAUUCGUUUUGAAGAUUGUACAUGUCAAGACACAAUAGUUAAAUACAUGACAGAUGGAAUGUUGUUGCGUGAAUGUCUUCUCGAUCCAGAUUUGUCAUCUUAUUCGUGUAUAAUGCUUGAUGAAGCUCACGAACGUACAAUUAAUACUGAUGUGUUAUUUGGAUUAUUAAAAACUACAGUAAAGAGGAGGCCUGAAUUAAAAUUGAUUGUGACGAGCGCAACUUUGGAGCAAGUCAAAUUUUCUGAAUAUUUUUUCAAUGCACCAAUAUUUCGUAUACCUGGAAGAACUUUCCCAGUAGAAAUUUUAUAUACAAAAGAGCCUGAAACUGAUUAUUUGGAUGCUUCACAUAUUACAGUUAUGCAAAUACAUUUAACUGAACCUCCUGGUGAUAUUUUGCUUUUUUUGACUGGACAGGAAGAAAUUGAUACUUCUUGUGAAAUACUUUAUGAAAGAAUGAAAAAGUUGGGUCCAGAUGUUCCAGAAUUAAUUAUUUUACCUGUUUAUGGUGCACUUCCAAGUGAAAUGCAAACAAGAAUUUUUGAUCCAGCACCGCCAGGAACUCGAAAAGUUGUAAUAGCAACAAACAUUGCAGAAACCUCAUUAACUAUUGAUGGAAUUUAUUAUGUUGUUGAUCCAGGAUUUGUUAAACAAAAAAUUUAUAAUCCAAAAUCUGGAAUGGAUUCACUUGUUGUAACACCAAUAUCACAAGCACAAGCAGCACAACGUGCUGGGCGUGCUGGAAGAACUGGACCAGGAAAAUGUUAUCGUUUAUAUACUGAAAGAGCUUAUCGUGAUGAAAUGUUACCAACACCAGUCCCAGAAAUUCAAAGAACAAAUUUAGCUAGCACAUUAUUACAACUUAAAGCUAUGGGAAUUAAUAAUUUGAUAGAAUUUGAUUUUAUGGAUGCACCGCCAUCUGAAGCUAUGAUUACUGCACUUUUUCAAAUUUAUCAAUUAUCAGCACUUGAUCCAGAUGGUCUUUUAACAAGAUUGGGAAGAAGGAUGGCAGAAUUUCCAUUAGAACCAUCACUUUCAAAAAUGUUAAUAAUGUCUGUUGAAUUGGGCUGUGCUGAUGAUAUUUUAACUAUUGUAUCGAUGUUAUCAGUACAAAAUGUAUUUUAUAGACCAAAAGAAAAACAAGAAUUGGCUGAUGAGAAAAAAUCAAAAUUUCAUCAACCUGAAGGUGAUCAUUGUACGUUACUUGCCGUUUAUAAUGCUUGGAAACAUCAUCAUUUUUCACCUCAAUGGUGUUUUGAAAAUUUUAUACAAGUUAGAACAUUAAAAAGAGCACAGGAUAUAAGAAAACAACUUUUAAGUAUUAUGGAUAGACACAAAUUAGAAAUAAAAAGUGCUGGUCGUGACACACAAAGAAUUCAAAGGGCUAUAUGUUCUGGAUUUUUUAGAAAUGCUGCGAAAAGAGAUCCUCAAGAAGGUUAUCGAACAAUUGUUGAUGGACAAACUGUCUAUAUACAUCCAUCAAGCAGUCUGUUUCAAAAUCAACCUGAAUGGGUUGUUUAUCAUGAAUUGGUUCAAACAACUAAAGAAUAUAUGAGAGAGGUAACUGCUGUUGAACCAACAUGGUUAGUCGACUUGGCACCUUCAUUCUUUAAACGUGGUGAUAGUAUGAAAUUAUCAUCGUUUAAGAAAGGACAAAAAAUUGAACCUUUACAUAAUAAAUAUGAAGAUCCAAAUGCUUGGCGUCUUUCAAGAUUGAAAAAGAAGAUUUAUAAUCCUAACAGAUAA